CCCCAACAUUCCACACAUGCGGAGAAGCAACAAGCUACCGAACCAGCAGCAACAAGCUAGCCGCCAGCAGCUAACUCUGUCGGUGGGGGGGGGACGAGGCGUGUUAACAUGCAAAAGUUUAGAAACUACGAUCUUCGCCUAGAAUAGACACAAUACUAACGUUUAGCGAGACCCAAGACGGCCCUCUAAAACAUGGACCAUAGCCGGGUUUCGUAAAUGCUGUUGUUUUUGCGUAAUUUGGAGCUUCAAAUGUGCGAAAAGUCGCUCGGUGUGUCUUCCUCGUCGUUGAACAAGAUGGCAGCAGCAACAGAAGCAGCACCGUUGCAGAGUUCGACUGUGGUGCGGGUGUUCGUUGCUUACCUGCUCUUUGACACUUUAAGAGAUGCGAUUUACUGGUCUUACUGAAGGAAUGGCCUCACAAGUCUUGGUCUACCCAACACACCUGCACUCAGCUCCAACAAGUGCCUUAGGAAAGAGCAGCAGUGGAACCAGCAGACACACGGGUGAAGUCCACCACGGUAAUAACACCAGCAGAGCCUUGGAGCAUCGACCCCCGCCCAAGACGUAUGUGAUUGGAAUUAAUUACGGUAUUGCAUUUCCCAACAACGUUGUUCCGUCCUCAACUGGUGUUGGCUUAGGAAGGCCGAACAGGGGAAGACAGGUUCGGGAAACAGAGCAGUGGGCUUUGCAGACGGCAGGGAUACAGCAAGCAGGCCGCUGGGAGAGACUAGGAGCAGGACCAGCUGAGUCCCAGCAUCAGCAGUCUGUUGACCAAAGUUUUGAGAUAGAAGGUGCAGGCUUGAACUGCACGCUACUGACUAAAGCCUGUUUAGAAGCAGAAGGGGAGGAGGCCAGAAACAGAAGAGCACAAGUAAAAGGAGGUUACACUAGCCUUCUUGACUCUGGUACCUCCCAGAUAUGUGAAGAGAAGACGGGUGAAGGUGGGGAACAACAGCAGGAGAGCAACCGCAUCAGAACCAUGCAGAUAGUGGAGGACGUACCUGCUCUGCCAUCACUUCCUCUACCUGUGGUCAUGUUGCAGACCAGCACUGGGAACAAUGCAGACACUGUCCGAGUCGGGGGUGGGGGAGCACUUACUACUCAUCACAAUUGGGUCGACGCGGUGACGGGCCUCGGUGUUGGGGUUGAUGGGACCGAAAUCAGCACCAACGGCAGCAAUGAGGUUGUGGCAGGUGCCACAUUGAACAGAAAUGGAUCAGGAGAUGGUGACUAUCAGUUGGUUCAACACGAAGUCCUUUACUCGCUGAAGAACAGCUAUGAGGUUUUGGAGUUUCUGGGUCGGGGAACCUUUGGUCAGGUGGUGAAGUGCUGGAAGAGGGGGACAAAUGAAGUGGUGGCCAUCAAAAUCCUGAAGAACCACCCAUCCUAUGCACGUCAAGGACAGAUAGAGGUGGAGAUCCUGGCUCGGUUGAGCAGUGAAAAUGCAGAGGAGCACAAUGUGGUGCGCGCUCUGGAGUGUUUUCAGCACCGCAGCCACACCUGCUUGGCGUUUGAAAUGUUGGAGCAAAACCUCUACGACUUCCUGAAGCAGAACAAGUUCAGCCCACUGCCACUUAAAAUCAUCAGGCCUAUCCUGCAGCAGGUGGCAACAGCCCUAAAGAAGUUGAAGGAUCUGGGUUUGAUCCAUGCUGACUUGAAACCAGAAAACAUCAUGCUGGUGGAUCCAUCCAGGCAGCCCUACAGAGUCAAAGUCAUUGAUUUUGGUUCAGCCAGCCACGUCUCCAAGGCUGUGUGCUCCACUUAUCUUCAGUCCAGAUACUACAGGGCUCCAGAGAUUAUUUUGGGUCUGCCAUUUUGCGAGGCCAUUGACAUGUGGUCGCUGGGCUGCGUGAUUGCUGAGCUCUUCUUGGGCUGGCCUCUUUACCCUGGAGCACUGGAAUACGACCAGAUCCGGUAUAUAUCUCAGACGCAAGGACUGCCUGCAGAGCAGCUGCUCAACAAGGGGACAAAGACGUCACGUUUCUUCACCAAAGAGUAUGACUCUCCGUACGCCUCCUGGAGACUAAAAACGACAGAAGAGCAUGAAAAAGAAACAGGACUUAAAUCCAAAGAAGCCAGAAAGUACAUCUUCACCUGUCUGGAUGACAUAGCACACGUGAACUUGGUGUUGAGUCCUGAUGGCAGCGACAUGCAGGCAGAGAAGGCAGACCGACUGGAGUUUGUGUCUCUCCUUAAGACCAUGCUACUGAUCGACGCUGAGGACCGAACCAUUCCGACGAGUGUCCUAAAUCACCCAUUCCUGACCAUGACUCAUCUACUGGACUACCCCCACAGCAACCAUGUUCAGUCAUCUUUCCGCAUCAUGGACAUGUGUCACAGCCGGUCCAGCAGCGCAGUUUUUGAUGCUUUGAACCAGAACACAAUUCAUUUGUCAAGACCCUCUCUAGCUCCCACUGGGUCUUCUGGCCUUCCAAUGGGCUACGGCAACAUCCAGGUCCAUACCCAGUCUAUUACUCAGUCCACCCCUUCCGUGUUGCAUCCUGGGAUAGCUCUCACAGGAAAUGGACAGUUUGGGUGCAGUGACUCCUUCCCGCCUGCCCUCCUUCUCUGUCCUCCCCCAAUGCAAGGUAACCUUAAUCAGCCAGCAACCUAUUCUGUGUCCAUGGUAACUCAAGCCCCUCCCAUACAACCUCUGCCAGUAAGGCAUGGAGUAAUAGCUCAGCAGGCCUGGUCUGGCAGAGGCCAGCAGCUUCUGGUCCCUGCAGCAUGGCAGCAGAUGACUCCUGUGGGUCCUCCACCCUCUCACCCACCUCCACCACCGCCUCCCUCCCUUACCGGUGACACCACGGCUGGACCACAGAGGAUCAACGACUGGGGGAAAGCCCUCCCACACAGCAGCCACUACAACACAGUGAUCCAGCAGCCUCUCUUGACUAAUCAGAUGCCAGCCCUCUCUGCCCAUCAGCCAAUCAACAUUGGCAUAGCUCAUGUUGUGUGGCCCCAACCAGCAAAUAAACAGAACAGACAAGGGCACAACAGGAACCUGUCCCACCCUAGCAACAUGCAGAUAUCAGCAUGCCGGUCUCCAAAAAUGGCAGACAUUGUUGGACAGGCUGUGGCAGGAAGAGGGCAGCCACAGAGGGAGGCGCCCCUGGUGGAAUCCAGACGACCAGAAAUUCAGAAAACAAUUGUGGGAAAAGAUGGCACAGAGCUCAAGGAAAACUGCUUUAAAGAGACUACGGCAAGUGGAAACAGACGGGAAUAUGUUCCGAGGCACCCACAACGGGAUGUGGCCGUCCUCAUGGCCGACACGCCGAGUCCAGAUCCCAGCGUGAUCAGCAUCCGCAGUGAUCUGAGUGACGAAGAGGACCAGGUGGUAAAUGAAGGUCGUCAGGGGUGCCAUCUAAAUCAAUGUAAAGGAGAAUGUGGAUGUGAGGCUUGCAGAAACACCAGUGUGUCUAUGGAGAGAGUGUGUUCCCUCAGCAGCCCCGACAGCAGUCUCAGCACCAGUUCGUUUGCCUCCAACUCUCUGCAGUCCAGCCCUUCUGUCUCACCAUGCAAGAGGCCCAACAGCAUGUCUGAGGACGACAGCCAUGAAAGUGGUUGUGACACGGUGGAAGGCUCGCCCUCAUCGGACACAACAACAUCCCGGCAUGGCAACAGCGCCUACCGUUACCUUAACAACAACAACCGCUCUCCUUUAGCUGCCGUGUUGGCACCCCUGACCUCCCCCUUGGAGCAGGACCGGAGCCCCCGAGGCAUCAGGACCAUGAUAGUUCCACCAAUGAGGAUGCAGAGCAACAGCACCACUCACAACAUGCAGGAGCGUGUCCAGAGAACAGUCUCAGAGUCCUGGUCCCGAUCCAAAGGGCGCUGCAGUCUCGUAGGACAGCAGAGCACUGCCUCCUCCGUCCACCUCCUGUCAUCCGCCCCCAUGCUGUCGCGGCAGCAGAAGUUGACAGGGCAGCAGCACCAUCUGGGCUUUGGUCAGGUGCAGCCGUACGGUUCAAACCACAGCAACAAAGAGUGGAACGGCAACUAUGGGCCUCUGCGACCACAUGCCUACAUCCCUCCUACUGUGCACACACACCCAUUCACACACUUGCACCACAACAGCCCCACACACACCUCGGCGGCCCCUCAUACCCUGCUUUCCUACCCCUCCAGUGGGCCUCUCACUGCCGCCCAUCACCCCAUCCUGCCCUCUCGCCCCCCACCUCCCCCUCUCCUCCAGCACGGCUUUGGGCUCUCCCAUCCCCAAGGCGGAGCGUUGGUCCACCAGGUCACCCUUGGCAUCAGCACGCACCCCCACCACCCCGCCGCUUCGCACCGGCUCCUCCCCUCCCCAACCAUCAACCCUCACCAUCAGCCAGGCUACACCCACCACCCGCACCCUUUCAAGCCGCCCUUUCCUCCCCCACCCCCUCCUCACCCAUACAUGGCCUCCCCAGCUGCCUUUACAGGCUUCCACCUGAGCCCCACCAAGCUCAGCCACCACCCCCAGUUCUCUUACAUCUGAGGAGAAGGAUGGAGGAGCCGCACCUCCUUCUAAACAGGAGGCUCAAGGAGAAAUGGACUGGGGCUGCAACCCGGGCAUGGGGGGCCCCCAGCAGAGCACAACACGAACACUUCUGUUGAGUAAAAGAAGAGCGGAAGAAAUAGAGUAAUGUUUUAUCUCUGUGGACGGAUUUGAGAAAACAUUUUAACCCAUGUUUUCUGUAAUCUGACGGGUUGACUUCACAGGCUGUUGAUCUUGUGUGUCAAAGCAGAGACUUCCUGGAACAUCAUGUCAGCCUGUGGAGGAAACUUGAGAUCUUUUGUAAGAGUGAAUGAAUUUGGAUGACAAUUAGGAAACUUUUCUCAAGAACAUUACCUCCUGUCAUCGAUCUGAUCUAAAUCAAGGCUGGAAAAUCAUGUUUGGUUUUGUUUUGUUUUUUUUGUUCGGUCUACGGUGUCAGGGUCGUUCAGCCUCCUGCUCCCUUUAUCUGUGUUGCUUUGCAACUCGUGCACGCUGCUCGGAUCUGGUCGUUAAGCCACCCUGGCCGUGCGAACCUGGAUCAAAGGCUCCCGUCUGCAUGAUUGCUUCCUUCUAGUGCCUUAAAACCCUUUUAGUCUUUGACGUUACUUCAGGAGCAUUUAGAUUUGUAUGUUUGAAUUUAAAUGGGCUUGCAGCACUUAACCUCCAGAAUGACAGAGGAUCAUGUGCAUGGGCUUGUUUUACUUUACGCUUUCUAACUCAGUGUGGGUUUAAUCUAACUAGAGGCUGCACAUAUAAGGCUCUGACUGAAUUAGCUUUUAAUGUACAUAAAGAGUGAUUUGAUAUUUUGCUAAUCGAUUUCUAUUCACUAUAGUACUUAAUUCAUUACAGUAUUGUCACUGUUUACUGUAACUGCAAUACAAUCUAGAUCCUCUGGGUUGCUGUGUUUUUAUUAUCUUGCAUUUUGGCUAGAUUUGCAUUCAUGCGUUUUAGAUUUUGGGAGUGGCUUAGACUUGUUAAAUGUUUUUAACUUUUAAGAUACUUCUCAGUGUUUGAGGUAACCUAUCAACUUAACAGUAUCACUGCUGGGCUUUUGAGUAUUAGUCGUAUCAGUAAUUAUUGUUGACGAAGCUUUUGGCCCCCCUCCCCCACGUAUUGAAACCUGUUGUCAGUUUUCAUACAUUCCUUCAGGGUGGAAGCGAAGCCUUGAUUAUGAUUUUUAUUUGUGCGUGUUUUUGUUUGAUUUCCAGUGUGUCGUCGUGUGAGUCGUUCUCUUUACCCGCCGACGUUUCACUCCAAUCAACACCAAAGACUUUAUUCGUUAAUCAUUUCGGAAGCAUGGUCUGUCAUAUUUCUGUCACCUCCAGCAUACACUGUUGCAGUCAAGGACUUAAUUUUUUGGAAUAUAUUGUGAAAUCUCUAUUUUAAAAAUAAUAAGAGGGUUGAGGUUUUAUUUUUCUGAGCUGUUUGCUAAUUGUAUUUGGAAUGUAUAGUUAAUAAGCUGCUAUGUACUGAUCUGCCACUUGGUAGCUGUGAAUUUAGAGGAUUAAUCUCUUUCUGGCCUCCGGUCUCUCCUUCGUAAUGUAGUUUGGUCAACUAGAUGAAACGGAAGUGGAUUUUAUUUUGAUCAUGGAGUAUAUUGAAUGCUACUCCUUUAUGCUAGUGCCUCUGUAUAUUAGCUUUGUUGUUUUGAAGUGUUUGUAAACUGCUGUAUUGGAAGUUAAGUUUUCCUUUUUAUUUGUUUUAUUUUUUAUUGUUCUGUUGCUUUUUGGUGUGUGUGUGUGUGUGUGUGUGUGUUUGUGUGUAUUUAGCAUCAGUAUUUCAAAGUAGGCUGGGUUUGCGCUUUGAUUCUGUUAGCAGUGUGAUGUAUUAUCGUCUUUCCUUUCAAGGACGCAGUUUUUAUUCCCGUUAUAGAUCUGUAUUUGCAACUCUUCGUACUGUAUAACUUAGUGCCUUCUCCUCAACCAGUGGCUGACUGAUGACGUCUACAAUGUCAAAGCAGUCACGUAAUAUUGUAUGCUAACUCCUUUCGGGGGUCAGAUCCUGUUUUCGCAUCACGAAGCCCCCCAAAGUUUGUUCUGUAGACGAAGAUAAAAAAAACAACAAUCUUGCGUUGUUUUGUUUUUUUAAUUUUACAUUUUUACAGAAUCCUAAGAAAAAUAAUGUCAGGGAAUGUUUUACUCACCAAGAACACCGUGCAGCACUAAAAGACAUGGAGCCUGAGUAACGUUCACAAAUGCAAAGCUUUAUUUCACACCAUGAAUGUAUUUGUGGAAGUCAAGAAAUCAGUUUUUGGUUUGCAAGCGAAACAUUUUCUGCAUUUUGGGUGUUGAUAGUACUUGUAUGCAGCUAUUACCAUUGAUAGAUAUUGUUUCGUGGGUUUCUUUUUCUAAACGCUUUAUCCAUCACUCAUAAUCGAAAUUUAGGUCCAAAGUUUUCCCACCCUGAUCUAAUUAUUACAUUACAGUAUAAUGGUUUUGCUAUGUUAUUUAGGUAUUGGGUGUAUUUUGUGUUCUUGUCUGCUAUGCUACUGUUUAAUUAUGUUAGUUUUGUGUUGUGCACACCAAAUGUUUUCUUUUUAUAUCUAUCCACCACUUUGGAUUGAUGGCUUUGGGUGGAUAAAUCUCACGUCCCUCCAGAUUUACCCCAACAGUUGCAACAUCAAAGAAGCCGAGUUGGGUGUCAGACAGACCCUGAUCAAAGCUUAGCAAAGCACAUGGAGCCCAGCAGCCCUUAGCAACACACCAGACCCACAAAUCAUGAAAAUACUUGUGGGGAGAUUUUUUUUAAUCAGGCAUUGUAAUCCAAACUAUCUUGACAAUGAGUAAUAAUAUAGGAUCUAUCCGCUACAUGCCUGCUUUCACUGGGAACCAGCAUAUAGAAAAAUAACCCCACCAUAUCAAUCAACGUGUACCUGAAUGUCUCAUUUGGCUUUUGAGUUUGAAUCUGUAUGAAAUUAAACUUGUAACACGAUUAUGGUAUUUAGGCACAAACGUGUAGACACACAGAUUUUAAAAUGUAAGCUGUUACUGUUUUAAAUGUGUAGAAUUUUGUGGCUUUGUGAUUUUUAUUCCUUGAUUUGUUUUUGUUAAUCCUAAAUGCUACUCUAGUGUGACUUGUAGCAACUGCACUGUGCAAUAUACAACAAUUUAUGAGGACUGGGAAAAUAAUUGUUUGGAUGUAUUGAUGUGUGUCUUACCAGUUUGCGUUCAUCCCCUUCCUCGCCCAUUCUCUAGUUCUCAGUGAGUUUCAGUGUGACCAAGCCUUAUGUACUUUGUCACAAAAAGCGGGUUCCUUCUUGGUGACUCUUAUUGGUGAGUGUCAAAUUAUGAAUUUAUUGUAUAAUAUGUUGAGAUUCACUUUGAAUUAAAAAAAACUCUUUUGCUUCA